AAAGUGGGAGAAAAUGGAUGCGAUAGCUAAUGAAAUGGAAAAUGCCGGUUUUUAUCAAGACAAAUACUCAUUCACCCCUCGGUUACGUGCUUAUGCGGCUACUGGUAAUAUCGAAGGGUUAAAGAAGAUCAUGGAGAUCAUGGAAGCCGACUCGCGUGUUGGUAUGGACUGUGAGACGUAUCUUAUUGCUACAAAUGCGUUUUUAAAAGCCGGGUUAGGUGAGAAAAGUUUUGAAUUACUAAAAAAGGUAGAAAAAAUGGCGAUAACCACAAAGGGUAGACAUAAAACACUCCAUACCGUUCUUUACACGUAUGCAAAAUUAGGAAAGAAAGGUGAAGUGGAUCGAAUUUGGAAGUUUUUAAAGAAAGAAAAGAUAUAUAAUGUUGGUUGUAGAAACAUGAUUAUCUAG